UAAAAAGUAGACGGAAGUAUUUAGUUUCUUUUACCGAUAGAAAGUGUCAUUACAAAUAAAUAGUAAGUAAAGCUGUUUAAGUAUGGAAGGCGCAAAUAGGUUUAUAAAAGGAUUAUUGGGCGAUAUAAGUAGUCGUUCAACCUACUCACAGCUUUUUAUUGGAGUAACUUCAGGAUGGGCGACUGGGUACACCACAAUGAAGUUUGGAAAGUUUGCUGCAUUUGCAAUUGGAGGCAGUAUUAUUUUAAUAGAAAUUGCGCACCAAGAAGGAUUUAUUAAAAUUGACUGGCCUAAACUGACGAAAAGUGUGGAUAAAAUAGCUGAAAAGGUCGAAUCUUCUAUAUCAGGCAAUGAUCCGAACUGGAUAGAUAAGACGGAACGAUUUUUGGAUCGAAAGCUUGAUAAAGCAGAAAAUCAUCUUAAAAGAAGAGCAACAAAAGUGCGGAAAUGGUACGACAAAUAUAUUGGAGAUGAAGACGGACCCAAAAUUAAUGAGCUUCACAUAUUUUUAACGGCUUUUAUUGGAGGGAUAGCCUUUGGUGUAGCUACAGCCUAAUAAAAUUAGCUAUAAAAAUUA